AUGAUCGAGGUUGACACUUUGGUCUGCGGCGGAGGCAUGUCCGGCAUGGCAUGCGCUUCAUUCGCCGCAGACGCAGGACUCAAAACACUCGUGGUAGAGAAACAGGCAGAAAUCGGUGGAUCUUCUAGUCUUUCCGCGGGCAUGUUCUGGGCGCCACACACUUACGAGAAACUACGCGCUUGGGUGCCCGAAGGUGAUCCAAUUCUUCAACAAGCCUGGUUGGAUGAGUAUCUCCCAGCGGUUCAAUGGAUGCGAGAAAAUGGGAUACCGACGGCAGAAAGAUUUGAUGGUAUUAUGACGAUAGGCAUUGGGUUUCCCAUCAAGAUCCCUCAGCUUCAUGAGUAUCAUCGAAAGCGCAUCGAAGAGAGUAAAAGUGGCUCCGAAGUUUGGACCAACACUUCUGUGGUGAAGUUAAUCCAAGAAGAACCCGGAGUGUCUGGAUCGCGGAUCACCGGUGCUAUCGUUCAUCGACAAAUCCCUGGAUCACCCUCUAAAUACUACGAGGUGAAAUCCAAGGUGGUAGUCAUGGCUACAGGCGGUUUCCAAGGGUCGCCACAAAUGACAGCUUCGUAUCUCGGACAAGGUGGAGACAAUAUUUUUGUGCGUUCUAACCCAGGGUCUGUGGGUGAUGGUCUCAGCUUGGCCUCAAGAGUUGGAGCUGGAACCAGCAGAGGGAUGAACACAUACUAUGGCCAUCUCUUAGCAGCUCCUGUGCGAGCGCAGGACGUAAACCCGAAGGACUACCUCCCGCUGGCUCAAUACCAAAGCAAAUUUUGCUUGUUGCUCAACGAGGCGGGUCGACGAUUCGCAGAUGAAACAACCGGCGAUGAGAUCGUUAAUCAAUAUUUGGCAAAACAGGAGAGGCGCCGGGGCUUUCUACUUUUCAAUGAGAAGACUCGCCUUCAGCACUGCGUUGGCGCCCCAUUUCCCAAUGCGGGAUCUAUUGAUCGCUUGCAAAAAGCUCGUGAUUACGGAUGUAAUGUUGGAACUUCCAAUACUAUCCAAGGGUUAAUGGAGGUUCUAUCUCAGUGGGGAGUUGACCCCGUUCAAUCUGAAAAGACGGUCCAGCAGUACAACCAGGUUGUGCGCCUAGGCAAUUCAAAAAUCGCUCUUGAUGCUCCCGUCGGACGUGGCGGUACUCCUCCUGUGCCUCUCGUUGACGGUGAAGGGCCAUUUUACGUGAUGGAAGUCCAGCCAUCGAUAACAUUCACCUAUGGCGGGAUCUCAAUCGACAAGCAAGGGCAUGCCUUGACACCAGACAAAAUUGCAAUUCCAGGAUUGUUAGUUGCUGGUGUUGAUGCUGGUGGGUUUAGUAACCUCGGAUACGCAGGUGGCCUUGCCCUUGCAUUUGUGACAGGUCUGUGGGCUGCUAGAGCGGUUUCACGACAGCUAGGGUUACCAGAGCCUCGCCUACCAGCGGCUGAUGCGAAGGAUGCAACGCCGAUGAAAGGUCGGUUGUGA